AGUGAGAGAGGUUCAGUCGCUACGAAAUUUUGCGUGUUAUUUUCGUUUUAUUCACCAAAUGAAGAUUACUUGUUUGAUGUUACUGCUAUCGUUAUCAGUUGAUGCAACCGAUUUGAGACGAAAUAUAACGAUAGUCGAACACGGUCUUUUGCGACGCCGCUGGUGCAAUCAGAUAAUAUCUUGAAUUAGAAAAUAUAAUAAUUAAAUUUGCUCUUGUGAUUUGUUUGUCGUAAUUCUUUGAGUGGUGUUUUGGAUUUGUGUUUUUUUGCUUUACGAAAGUAGCGGACUCGCAACAAUUUAUUUGUAUUCUUAGUGAUUGUUGUCCUAUCCAUUUUUUUUUUUACAAUUUUGUAGUCUUUGAGUAAACGUAGUCGUUUGUUUUGCAGUAUUUUUAUCAUUUUGCUUUGAGUGUGUUUUGUGAUUUCAAAUACAAAAAAUAAUCGUUAAAUUAAUGUGCCUUACAUUUAAAAUACCAAACAAAUAAUGGAAAACACGUCUACUGGACCAACAAGUGGUAGUGUUUUAUUGCAACAAUCGUCGCUGGAAGAAUCAGCAAUUGGUAGCAGCCAUUCGGAGUCUUUACCGAGAGCUAGUCCAAUAAUUAGUCCAUCACUGAAAUUGACUGGAAAGAAUCGAAGUGGCAACAUGGUCACCACAGCAAGACCGUCGAAUGAGGCUGAACUUCAACUGUACAGAGUUUUACAACGUGCAAGCCUGCUGGAAUAUUACGAAACAUUUUUAGAGAUGGGAGGCGACGAUCUACAACAACUUUGUGACGCUGGUGAAGAGGAAUUCCUGGAAAUAAUGGCUCUAGUAAAUAUGGCAUCGAAACCGUUACAUGUACGAAGACUACAAAAAUCGUUACACGAAUGGGUCAUCAAUCCGUCACUGUUUCAAACACCUAUUUCCGAACUAGAACACAUUCGAUCAGCGUUCAGCCCGGAACCGAUAAAUCAAUCUAGAAGUCCAUUCAGCACUUCACAGCCUUACAGUCCAUCUUCGAUAAGUGGUUCCGGUUCCAGCAAUCCUACCUUUAGCAAUAUUAAUAGCAUCACAAACCUAUCGACAAGUGCAAGUAGUCAUCUUAGUUCUAGCAACGUUCCAUUAACGCCUACAUUGACUGAAAAUCAGGUUUCAAGAUUGAUAACUGCAGCAGAAACACUGUCCCGCGAACUACCUCAAUUCGAACCGAGAGCACACAGUUCCAAGAAACGAUCGUCGAAAGAUGGUUGGGACAUUGUGAUGGGUAUGAACGAUUGUGAUCCGAGACGAAUGGAAGAAAUACGGAAAUUUUCGGCAAUCUACGGUCGCUUCGAUUGUAAGCGCAGAGCUGAGAAGCCGCUUACCUUACAUGAAGUUUGUGUAAACGAAGCUGCAGCCCAAAUUUGUAAAAUCGUACCGGCUUUACUGACGCGACGAAGCGAACUCUUUCCGUUAGCACGAAAAGUUGUCAAAGAUUCGGGUCUUGGUCUGGCGGCUGGACUGGCCAGAUUUUCAAUGUGUCCAUCCAUGUCGAAGAUCGUUGAACAUGAUGUUAAUCAACCGAAACGAAUGAGACUGGGAAGUGACACUAGUUCUGAUUACAAUAAGGAAACAGCUGAAGAACUUCGUCACAAUCUUUUGGCAAUCUACCAGAAGCUGGGGAAAAGAUUCGAUUUUUCGGACACGCCUAAGAUUCCAUUAAAUUAUCCGCGAUCUGAAUACGAUGAUGGUGAUUCACAGUUUUCGUUUAGUAAUUCGAGUAAUUCGCCACCGUGUCAAUUGUCGAAUAGUGAAGAUAAUGGAUUGAGUAGUGCCGACAUUGAGGACACAAAGAUGGCAACGUUCGAACUGAAAAAAUCCCCAGAUUCAUCACAAUGCAUGGGAAAUGGGUCUGCAAAUGCGCCGCCGGGCGUUCACGUCAUAUCGGCUUCGGGUAGUCAUAUAAUUGCUGUUGCCAAUCCCGCAUUGGUCGAUUCAAUGACAAUAAAACGGGAACGUAUGACUCCCGAAUUAUGAAUUUGAGUUGGAGAUGGAAGACGAGUAGAAUUUUAGUUGUAUAGAUUUGCGUUGUUGACUGGAUGGCUAUUGUGUUGUUUCUACUUUUAAUAGUUGUUUUAAGAAUGGGGUUUCGUGCAGGGGAAAUUACCUCGCGAUUUUACCAACCAACGUCUAGAAAUAUUUUUUGUGUGCCUCUUACGUGAGACAAAUAAUUUUUGUAUGAUUGUGGUGUCAAUGUAAAAUGUGAACAAAAACUUAUUUCUCAAUUUAUCCAAACCACCGCUCCGCUUUUUGUUCUCUGGAUAGUUUUCAGAAUGAUUCUCAUACCAGAACCCUGUUGCAAAAUAUACGUGACACGACAUGUUGCAGUGAAUUUCGCGACCUAGUCUUUCACAUACAGUAAGCUUAUCAUUAGGUAGUCCUUAACUUCUUCUACAAAUUUAGAAGAGGCUGCUACAGUGACACAUUCAAAUUCUUCGAGACACCUUUAACCCUCGAUCCAGUACUAUCAAAAGGUAUACCCCCAAGUAAAUGAUCUCACCUGCUAAGGAUUCUUGCAGAGAUUAAUGACGUGACACAGAAUCAGUGGAAGUAUUUCUUUUUUUAUCGAAAUCUCCUUAAAGAAAAAUCUACAGAACUGACUGAGAUGCAACACAAUAGCCUCAUUUCCAAACGAAAAUCAUUUUUUUUAGCAAUAAGAUUGCAAUUGAAGUUUGUCCAAAUUUGUGUUGUGAAUUAAAUUAAAAAUUUAUUAAAAUUCCAAUUGAUCUGUUUCGGCUAGUUUCGUUUUUUUUGAUUAUUUUGUUUUACUUGAUUUAUAAAAUUAGAACGUUCCUUUUGACUAACAUAGAACUAAUUAAUUUGAUGAUACAGUUGAGGUCAUGAGAAUUUUCUAUCUCGUACUUAAUAGGGUGCCAAAAGUAUUACAAUUUAUUCAUUGAUUCAGUCACAGCACUGCUCCUAGCAUGAAUAUUGAUUUGAUAAAAAUCAAAUUUGGAGGCUUUUGUGAUAAGAGCUACAGGUUUGUUUGUAUUGUGUGUUUCAACUCAUACUACGAAAAUGAUUCGUCUAUCUUUAAAAAAGAAACGCAGUGCCUAUUGUGAUUUCAUCAGCUUCCGAAUAUUCUCUAUAUUCAUGCUGGAAGCAGUGUUGUGAUUCAGUCUGAAAAUAUGAAAAUUCACAAACCUUAACAGCUCGUCACUACGAAUUUUCCGAACUUUGUUCUUCUCCAUUUUCGAACACUUGAAGUUUUAUUGUCCGAAUGAUUUGAAAGCUUAUUAUCUGGGCUGACACACAUCGUAGAAAAUCCAAAUUGGAGCAAAAAUUCAGAUAUUGGUCCCAAAUGACGGAUUAAAUUUUCAAACAAAAAUUAUUGAAUUGCCAGACAUAUUCCAGGAGCUUAUGUCCGCCAGCUGGUUUUACGUUUUUCGAGUUCUUCAGUUAUCCUACAUGAUUCAAAGGGAAAGUUUUGGAACAAAUCGUCUUUUUCGGAAAGAGAUUUUUCUAGCACAUAUUUCGUGGACGGAUUAAUUUUUUCCGACACAAGCGCCUAGACUGACAACUCAAAUUUUCGAUUUUUCAACUUUUGUCUAGUACGACCAGGUUUUCAGUACAAAUUUGAUUUUCAAAUUUCAUUUAACCUCAUGAGCGAGCCCUAUCUCAUUAUAGAGCCUUGUCUCAUUGACGAACCUUAUCUGAUUAGCAAGUCUUAUCUUGUUGGCGAGCCUUAUCUUGUUGGUUAGCCUUAUCUUGUUGGUUAGCCUUAUCUUGUUGGUUAGCCUUAUCUUGUUGGUUA